AUGCCCCUGGAGGUCUUCCUCCCACCCGACGACUUUGGAAACGUCCACCUUCUACUCACAAAAGACUGGAACGGAAUGAAUAAUGGAGUGUUCUUCCUCCGCGUACAUGAAUGGUCCGUGAAACUACUAUCCGCGGCGAUCGCCUACCCAACUGUCCAUCCAAACGUCGAAUUAUACUGGCCCGAUCAAUCAGCCCUCACAAACUUAUUCAACGAGAACAAAGAAUUUGCAAAAUUUGUUGUCUACUGUCCACUGCGAUGGUUCAACGCUUAUAUGCGAUCGCCAGACGGAAGGCAACAUAACAAGGACUCUCCUGCUCAUUUCCAGGUACACCCUGGAGAUCUGCUGGUUCAUUUCCCGGGCACUCCCAGCACACAUCUGAAUGAAACUCUGUCACCGUAUCUUCAGAUUGCGCAGGCGCACGAAGCAGAAUGGGAGCCCACGCUCGAGCAAACGGAUUAUAUUCAGGAGACAAGCAGAUUUUGGAGAACGAUUAAUCGACAGCCCUACGUGUCGAAGCCUAAGGUGGAAUAUGUGCCUGAAAUUGAGGUGGCUGAACAGCCGGAGAUGAGCUUCGAUCCGGAAGAGCCUGACUUUCAGCCGCAAGAAAUCUAG